CUGCUGUGGACGCGUUUUCCGUUUGUAUAAUUACGGUUUUCAUGAUCAUUUCAUCGGAGUAAGAGGAAAUUUGGAUAAAUUUCGCUUAUUUUGUGGUUUCUGGUGGAUUAAAUUGGGCGUGGUUUUAGUUUUUGAUUGAGAAGGUUUUGAUUUUAUGGUUUUGUGACAUAUAUCUUGAUCAAGUAUGAUUCUCUUGUCGAUGUUUGUUUUACGUAUACUUGAUUGAUUUUGUUAAGAUUAGAUUCCUGUUGUUCGUAUAUGGUUAAGCUCCCCGCGAAGUCGACUAUAUGUUUGCAACCAAAUGCAAAUGCUUUGUUGUUCUGUUUUUGAUAUUAACAGAGGAGGAUAUAUUUUUUGUGUGUGUGUGAGAGAGAGAGAGAUAGAUCAUACGUAUUUGUGUAUAUGUAUCCGUAUAGGAAAAAGAUCCAUAGAGAACCCAGAAAAAAAAAGACGCGAGGAACUUGAUCAAACGGUUAGAUUGAGAGAAGGAAUGAGGUGGUUACGACCUCACCUCCUUUUUCUUGAAAUAAAAAUAUCCCCCUUAUUUUUUAAUGGAAAAUAGGUGAAAUAUAAUCAAAAUUGGAGCAAAACAAUUUACAACAAAAAGAACGAUCAUUUUAUUUUCUUUAGUUUGAUAUCGAUAUUGAUAUAUUUCUUUCAGCCAUUUUUCAUGGUUCUUCAGUUUUUUAUUUGGGUUCUCCCAGGAUUCUCACCCCUAUAUAUACACACACAUAAUUGAUAAUUGUGUAUGGAGUUCAUGUGUACAAGUUUGAAAAUUCAUGCAUGAUGUUUUAUCCUGCUUGGAGAUUAAAAUACUAAUACUUGUGUGUUAUGUUUGCAUUCACAUAGAAACUGUUGGAGCAUAGACUGAUCAGGGGGGUGUGUGUGUGUGUGCAUGCCUCUGUGACUUGCAGAUUUGCUAUUUAUAACGUCUUCAUGUAAAAUACAUAGUAUAUCUAGAUUAUGGUACGUCAUAUCGUACUCGCAACCAAAAAGCUGCAUUAGAAUCUUCAGAUGCAAUGCGAAGUUGACAUAGUAAAUGUAUUUCCAGCAUGAUUCUAUCUGUAGCACUUGUUAUUAUGUUUUGUUUAGUUGCUUUACUUUUACCAAAAAAAGAGAACAGCCUGCAUGUGGUCCGCUGGUAUAACUGUUUUCUGAAUUAAGAAUCUUGAAUCUUUAGGAUCUGUUGUAAAGGAAUGCAGAGGGAAAGACAUAGUAGAGAUGAAUCAAUCAACUCUCGUGGCCCAUUUGAUGGUCCUCGGGGUUUUGCAUCUCAUAGAAGCAUGAUGUCUGGCAUCCUUGGAGGAAGGGAUCCCUUUGAUGACCCUUUUUUCAAUAGACCAUUUGAAGGUAUGUUUGGGCCUAGCAUCUUUGAUACACAUGGUCCUUCUGAUCUUCCAUAUCCAAGCGAAAGCAGUUCCAAGGGGUUAGUUAUUGAAGAGAUAGAUACCGACGAUGAAGAAGAAGAAGGAAAAAAUGGUGCUUCCAGAAGUGCCACGUCUGGCAAAGAGGAAGUGAAGAAGGAUGUGCGCUUCAAUGGGAACCAUAACAGGAUGGAAGGGACCAAGCCCCAGACUCAGAGCAUUAGCUAUAARAAAGUUACAUAUGGUGGUAUAAAUGGAGCAUACUACACUGCCACAACAACCAGGAAGUCGGGAAGUGAUGGAGUGGUGCUGGAAGACAGCAAAGAAGCUAAUAAAACCACAGGUCGAGCAACACAUAGAAUUUCUAAAGGAAUACAUGACAAGGGUCAUUCUGUCACGAGGAAUCUUGGUACAGAUGGGAAAGUGGACACUGUACAGACCCUACACAACCUUGAUGAAGAUGAGUUAGCUGGUUUCGAACAAGCAUGGAAAGGUACCGCCGACAUGCACAUCCCUGGAUGGAAUGAAGAAUUCAACACGUUUGGAAGGGCAGGGUCCGGUAGCAUGCGACCAUUUGGGUUGGCACUUGAGUCUGCCGACCGUUCCCAUAGCAACCAGAGGGUGAACAAUGAUAACGCUACAACGACCAGUUCUUCAGGAGGACGACCUAAAAAGGUGGUUACAAUCAACAUAGAUUGAAUGCAUAAUAUCGUGUCCAGGGCAAAUGUUGUAUAGUCCAUUACAUACGUCGUACGAUUGUGUCAUUUCCAUAUGGUCAUAAACAUUCAUAAGAAUUACAUAUUCCGGGUCCGGGUCAACAAUAAGAGUUACGGGUUGGUUGUUUGUGGUCUUGUCGUCUUACAAAGAAAAAAUACGUUCGGUAUUA